CAUUGAUGCGUUCUCCGCAGUCAGAGCUGACUGACUGUACCGCUGUCUCUCGCUCUCUCUCUCCCUCUUUUCUCUCGGCGACUGUUCACUUCUGGCUCCAGCGGCGGCUUUCUCUUCACAGGUGGACCACCUCCUCUACUUGCCUGCCUUGUCCUCGAGCAUCGUCCGGACCACAGACACACAAUGACGGAGGCGGAGGCGUUGGAGAAGAAGCAGCAACAGCACAAGUCCAGCAACGGCAGUGUUCCUCCUCCCGAACCGCUGUCCCCGCUGUCUCUUCCCUCUGAGGCCACCAGAGAAGACACGUUCGACCACACGUACAGGGAGAAGGAGGGCCCCAAACCGGCCACCGAAAUCGUGUGGAGAAAUGUUGUCCUGAUGACUCUGUUGCAUUUAGGUGCCCUGUACGGCGUCUGCCUCAUCCCCUCAGCAUCUCCUCUGACCUUGCUCUGGUCCGUACUUUGUUUUUUGAUAAGUGCUUUAGGAGUCACUGCGGGAGCUCAUCGCCUUUGGAGCCACAGAUCGUACAAGGCCUCAGUGCCACUAAAGAUUUUCCUUGGUGCUGCGAACUCCAUGGCUUUUCAGAAUGAUAUCUUUGAAUGGGCUCGGGACCACAGGGUUCACCACAAAUAUUCCGAGACGGACGCGGACCCCCACAACGCCGUCCGAGGCUUCUUCUUCUCUCACAUCGGCUGGCUGCUCGUGCGCAAACACCCCGACGUCAUUGACAAAGGACGCAAGCUGGAGCUCAGCGACCUGUAUGCCGACAAAGUUGUGAUGUUUCAGAGGAAGUAUUACAAGCCGUCAGUGCUGCUCGUGUGCUUUUUAAUCCCCAUGUUUGUGCCUUGGUACCUGUGGGGGGAGUCUCUGUGGGUGGCCUACUACAUCCCGGCCCUGCUGAGGUACACCAUGGUCCUGAACGCCACCUGGCUCGUGAACAGCGCUGCACACAUGUGGGGAAACAAGCCCUAUGACAAGAACAUCAACCCGAGGGAAAACAAGUUUGUCACAUUCAGCGCUAUAGGUGAAGGGUUUCACAACUACCACCACACGUUCCCCUAUGACUAUUCAACAAGUGAGUUUGGCUGCAAGAUGAACCUCACCACUUGCUUCAUCGACCUCAUGUGCCUCUUGGGCCUGGCCAAGGACUGCAAGCGGGUGUCCCGCGAGCUGGUGCUGGCCCGAGUACAGCGCACGGGAGACGGGAGUCACAGGAGUGGCUAAGAUUGGCGAGGUGCGGUUAGCUUCAAGACGAAAAACAACAGAAAAGAAGAAGAAGCUUCACAGUCUUUGACAGCUAUACAUUUCUCAUCCUCGGGAUGACAGUCAGCUUCAUGAGGGCCUUGACCACAUUUUUGCUUGUUUUUUGUGGUUUUCGUAGCUGUAACUAAACAAAUUGUUCAAGAUGGAUAUUUAAAAAAAAAAAAAAAAAAAGAGUUAAAAAAAAAGAAAAGAAGAAGAAACAUUUUGCAGAGCUCUUGGCCUCCAGUUUCUAUUGUUCAGUCAGGCCAAGGUCUCGCAAAGAUGCUUCAGAUUUCAUAUAGUUUUACAUCUUAAAGGUCAACUUCAUCUCUGUUGUUUUGCCACUUUGGUGUGCAUUUCUUCAUGCAAGACCAGUCAUGUAGCCAAUCAAUUUUUAUGUAAGUAUUACUCAAUUAUUAAUCAAAUAGUGGAGAACUAAAAAAAAAACAUAGUAACAGUGGUUUAACUGAUGGGGGUGAGGCGCUGAUUGGAGGCUGUUGCCUUUUUUUGCAGUUUACAGCAGGUUUUGAGCUGUAAGAUCUGUGAACGGUAAAAAACAGAGUUUGAUGAUGUAGCUGGAGUUUAUGGAAUAUGAAAUAUGGCACGUGGUGGAAGAGUAAGGGAACCUAGACCAACCACGUUCACCGAGUCAUGCAGCCUGGUUGUCUCUCGUGGAAAACAGAACUUAGAAAAAGGACAUAAUGGAUAACAUAAGGGACACGUUAGCCC